UAAAAGAAGCUUCUUGUUUCUUGAUGAUUUCAUCAAUCCUCAUGAAAUGUCCUUCUCUAUAUUUCUAUCCCCUUCGAAUUCUUCAAAAGUGUUGUGAUAUUCAUCUUUCUCUCUGUCUUAAAUGCAGCAACUUCGGCGCAAGAACUCGCUUUCGAGCUCUGAAACAAUGAAAGCAAGAAAAAGCGGAAGCAAUAAUAAUCUCUCCGUGUUGAUGAUAGUGUUCUCCAUAUUCGUUUUCGGCGUCUUCUUCAUGUUCAGCGAGGACCUUAAGUCACUCGCUGAAUUCUCCUUCUUCAAGCCUCAACAACUCCAACAAGGUUCCAAUGACAAUAAUAAUGUCACAGAAACUGUUAAUAGAGCUCAGCUUCAGGUUGAGAAGAAGAACGAGAAGGAGAAGAUUGAAUUGCCUGUUAUUAUGGUAGAAAAGAAAGAUGAAGAAGAAGAAGAAGAAGAAGAAACGGUUGAGUUGCCUCCAAAAGAUUGUGACUUGUUCACAGGUGAGUGGGUUUUCGAUAACGUGAGUCACCCUUUGUACAAAGAAGAACAAUGCGAGUUUCUCACGCAACAAGUUACCUGCAUCAAGAACGGAAGACCUGAUUCCAUGUAUCAGAGUUGGAGAUGGCAACCCAGAGAUUGCUCUUUGCCCAAGUUUAAGGCGAGAGUUUUGCUUGAGAAGCUUAGAGGGAAGAGGCUGAUGUUUGUUGGAGACUCAUUGAAUAGGAACCAGUGGGAAUCAAUGAUUUGUUUGGUCCAGUCUGCUGUUCCUCAUGGCAAAAAGACCUUGAACAAGACUGGCUCCAUUUCUGUCUUCAAACUCCAGGAUUAUAAUGCAACGGUGGAGUUCUACUGGGCACCGUUCAUUGUAGAGUCAAACUCAGAUGAUCCAAAGAUGCAUAGCAUAUUGAACCGAAUCAUCAUGCCUGAAUCAAUUGAGAAGCAUGGUGCCAAUUGGAAGAAUGUGGACUACCUUGUUUUUAACACUUACAUAUGGUGGAUGAACACACCAACUAUGAAAGUCUUACGAGGGUCGUUUGAUGAAGGGUCAACGGAGUAUGAUGAAGUUGCAAGGCCAAUUGCAUAUAGAAGAGUCUUAAAGACAUGGUCAAAAUGGGUGGAGGACAACAUUGAUCCAAAUCGAACCAAAGUUUUCUUCAACAGCAUGUCCCCUCUUCACAUAAGGAGUGGUGAUUGGAACAACCCAGAUGGCACAAAAUGUGCUAAAGAAACAACACCAAUUCUCAACACAUCAAACCCACAAGUUGGAACAGAUCGAAGGCUUUUUGUGAUUGCCAACAAUAUAACACAAUCUAUGAAGGUGCCAGUGAACUUCAUUAACAUAACAACAUUAUCUGAGUUCAGAAAAGAUGCACAUACAUCAAUUUACACCAUACGCCAAGGAAAGUUGUUAACUGCAGAGCAACAAGCUAACCCUGCCACUUUUGCUGAUUGUAUUCAUUGGUGCCUGCCCGGCCUGCCCGACACGUGGAACGAGUUCCUUUACACGCGUAUUAUCUCGAUAUCUUGACAUACAACAAAUCAACAUCCAAAUUCAACGACAAAGAUUUGGAUGUUUUAAAAAUAUUUUCUUUUACAAUGUAUAGAUAUUUUCAAAGUUUUUUUUUUCCCACAUAAUUGUUAUUAAUGCUCUGCUUUCACACACAUCCAAAAACAAAACUGAAAAAAUAAAAAAAAUAGAAAAAUCCUUCAACCAACGCCUCUGAUCUCAUCUCUGUAAGUGUUCAUGUAAUUUUCCUUGAUUGGGACAUUUUGUUUCUUUUAAUUAUCUUUCUGCUGUUAUAGAUUUAUAGGUUCAGAUUUAGGAACAUGGGGUAUUUGCAAUUUUUUUUUUACUCCUCAUGUUUCUUUGGCUGUGUUGGGUUGAGUCGGAAGAAGGCCAAGCACCACAAUUGUACAAUGAUGUGCUUAUUGAAGACAAUAAAGUGAUUAAUCACAUGAUAAUGUUUUAUGUACAUUAUAUUAGUAUU